AUGGCGAGGGUGUUAAAAGAACUGGCGGGGGCAAAGAUUCUGGAGAAUUUGGAGGAGACAAAACUCCGAGCCCCAUGGGGACCCCAGGACAGGAAGAAGCAGGUUAGGGUCCGGGAAAGCAGGGAGCCCGAGGUCGGAGGCACGCUUGGAGCUGGAAUCAGGAACAGGCAAACGAGACAAAUCCGCCCGAAAAGUCUUAAUUAAGAGUUGGUAGUUCUCCAAGAAUGGCCUUAUUCUUAGAUUAGGAUUGGCUAAAUGAUACAGAGAGCGGAUUGGCCACAUAACAGGAUAUUGAUACAAAUGUUUGCAGAGCUCCUCUGAGUUUAAAUAGAAGUAUAUAAUGGGUAUGUAUGGGACCAGAACAAGUGUGUGGGCUUUGAGAUUUUGAAGGGGAAAUUUUUUUAAUUGCUCAGCAUUCUCCAUGGACUUCAUUUAUCCUGCAUAAUCCAGCAGAGGGAGUCAUCAUUCCAUAUGUAAGGAAUAUAAUCUAGUAUUAUUAUUAUUAAACAGAAAUCAACAGGUAAGAAAAAUGUGUGUUUUCAGCCCUAUGAUCUUUGUACUAUGGUGUUCUAUCUUGUCGCCAAUGAUGUUCAACUUCUGUAUGAAUCCACUGGGAUCUGUCAUUAGGGGUUUGGGGGCAAAAUGUCAUUAGUACACCAAUGAAACACAGUUCUAUUUAUAACAUCUGAGUCAGGAGUCUCGCAUGAUCUGGACCAUUGUAUGGGUGAGUGGUGGACUGAAUGAGGGCCAAAAAACUUGAGUUUUGGCUAUACAUUGGUACCUGGGGUUACAUACGCUUCAGGUUACAGACUCUGCUAACUUUGCUUCAGGAUGAGAACAGAAAUCGUGCUCCGGCGGCACAGCGGCCGCAGGAGACCCCAUUAGCUAAAGUGGUGCUUCAGGUUAAGAACAGUUUCAGGUUAAGAACGGAACUCCGGAACGAAUUAAGUAUGUAACCAGAGGUACCACUGUAAGUUGAUGGGGCAAGAAGAGCUGUCACUCCCUUCCCCAACUGCUAGUCUGGGUAGACCAGACAUGCCAGAGGUUCUUAGCAGCUCCACCACUCUCCCUUAGGUUACCUCUAAUCCCAGACAGGAGGACUUUCCCGGGAUCCAAGGGGGAGCAGAGAUACCUUUCUCUCACCCUAGACCAAAGUAGCCAGCUCUUUUCAGUCAAACCCCCCUCACACAUGUAGCAUGAACCAAAUGUCUAUGCACAUGAGGGGCUGGAAACUUCAUAAGGCUCCUAAUAUCUUGGGCCCAGGAUACUUUGAUCGCAAUGCAUUAUAUCCUUGCCUGAUCACUGAGGUCAAGGAGAGUUGCUGUCAGCAGACCACCAUGGUUCAGAUGCAGGGCUCUCAUCUAUCAGAGCUGCACAUUCAGUAUUGUGGAGCCAAUGCUGUGGACCCCUCUUCCGCUUGAGUUCAGACAGGCCCUCCGCUACUGAACUUCAGGUACCUGGUGAAUUUGUUCUUUUUUUGGAGUAGGGGUUUUAAAAACAAGCCUUUCUGAUUUUAUGGUGAAUUUAAAUGAUUUUAUCCAUUGUAUCUCUAACUUCAUUGUUUAAUGUUAGACACUGGUUUUAAGCAGAAUAUAAGUGGAAUAAAAAAUAAUGUAUUGCAUUUGUUAGUUGCUAGAUACAAAACAAGAGCAGUCUCAAAGCAACUUAAAACACAGAUAAAAUCAAUUAAAAGCCAAAUUUUAAAUGACAUACAACAUUCGUAAAAUGCCCAUCCAACAAGACAAGAAGGUAAAAGUCCUGCCCCACUAAAAAGUGAGUACCAGAAUAAAAGCUAAUUUAACAAUCAAAGCCUGGAUACAUAAAAAUGUCUUGGCCUGGAGCCUAAAAACCAACAAUGAUGGCACCAGACAUGUUUCGCUGGGGAGAACAUUCCACAGAUAGGGAGCCACUAUUGAAACAGCUUGUUCUUAUGUAGUCACCCUUCCACACUUCCCUUAGAGAAGGCCUUUGUUGAAGACCACAAAGUCUCAGAUGGUUCAUGUGGGGAGAGGCAGUUCUUGCAACUCACUACACCCCAACUCUCUAAGUCUCAUGUUUUAGUAUAACAAAUUUCAGAAAAAAUACUUGAUGUUUUUAAAAAAGUGAUAAAAAUCAAGAGGUCAAUGUCUGUAGUCUGGGAUUUGAAGCUACUGGAGAGUGCAUUUUGGAAGGCAAUAUGAUCUCAGGACACUUUUCAAUCCAGAAGAUAUCCACAUAAAAUGCUUUGGUUAAUGCAAAACAGAACACUUCCAAAGAUGUUCAGAAAAAGACACAAUACAAAUUUAUUUUAAAUAUAUUAUAAAAGAAAGUCCAUUCAUCUCUUAGAAACACUAUACCUUACACCCAAAUGAUUUCCAAUUUAUCAAAGAUUCUAAAUUAAAGUGCUAGACAUCCUUUACCUCCCCCCAACACAAUAGGACAGUGUCCUGAGAUGCACAAAAUAAAUACACUGGUUUAUGCUGCAACAUCCAAUUUCAAACAAUCUGUUAAGCAUGCAUUACAAUGUCGAAACAAAGAGUCCCUGUAUAACAUCAUCUCAAAACAUAGUUGGCCACUUGAUACUAUUGUUGGAAGAGAGAUGGUGUUUUCCAACAUAAUCCUUACCAUUUCUUCUCAGAAGUAAGGCUUACUGAAGUCAAUGGGCUUACUCCCAGGUAAGUGGUGUUACAAUUGCAACCUUAGCCAGUUAGCUUGAUUAUACAAUGCAAUGUCAUUAACUUAGUUAAUAUAAUUUUAUUUAGGAUAAAAAGCUCCUACCUAUUUGCAACAAUGGAAUGUGCUUGCAUGGUUCUAGCCUAAUCAAAUUGAAACUGGAAAUCUCUGGGUGA